AUGACUAACAAUUGCUUGCGUUUUGUAAGCAACUAUAAAAUAGACAGAAUUACAGCUUUUUCUGGAAAUCUAUCUAUCUAUCUAUCUAUCUAUCUAUCUAUCUCAGUCUGUUCAUAUCUAUCUAUCUAUCUAUCUAUCAAUCUAUCUAUCUAUCUAUCUAUCUAUCUAUCUAUCUAUCUAUCUAUCUAUCUAUCUAUCUAUCUAUCCCAGCCAGAUUAUAUCUAUCUAUCAAUCUAUCUAUCUGCAUGUUUCAAUAUUUUUACCAAUUUGAGCAUAUCGAUUAUCAAUAUCUAUCAGUCUGUCUAUCUAUAUGAAUCUCUUCACAUCUAUCUAUCUAUCUCAGUCUGUUCAUAUCUAUCUAUCUAUCUAUCUAUCUAUCUAUCUAUCUAUCUAUCUAUCUAUCUCGGCCAGAUUAUAUCUAUCUAUCUAUCUAUCUAUCUAUCUAUCUCGGCCAGAUUAUAUCUAUCUAUCUAUCUAUCUAUCUAUCUAUCUAUCUAUCUAUCUAUCUCGGCCAGAUUAUAUCUAUCUAUCUAUCUAUCUAUCUAUCUAUCUAUCUGCAUUCUGAUCAAUAUCUAUCUGAAUCUCUUCACAUCUAUCUAUCUGUCUGUCUAUCUAUCUAUCUAUCUAUCUAUCUAUCUAUCAAGAUCACAAUCACGGCACCCCUCAGUACCUCCCCACACGGUCGGCCCUCAACAGCUGGAUGAUGUUACGUUGCCACCGGUUUAUGUUAAUCGGAUGCGACUCGAUAAGAAUUUCUGGGUAAUCCAUACACUGCCUUUCACCGCUUUUUUACCACAAGCCUUAAUCACCUUAUCCGGCUUUUGGAUCCCAGCACACUUGAGGAAUCUCUUUAGAGAGGCAGCAGGAAAUCCUCUACAGCCAACCUCAAAUGGCACCAGGGUGCAGCCAUAUCCUCUCUCACGGACUUCAGCCACCAGUUCCUCAUAUCGAAGCAACUUUUUUUCAUGCGCCUCUCCAGUCCCUUCUUCCGAUGCUACUGUCAGUUCACCAAGCAACAGAUGUUGCUUCUCACUAUCAACUAAAACCAGAUCUGGUCUUAGACCAGACGCAAUGACCUCCACUGGCAGUGUUGCAUCAACCAACACUCUCCACUUCCUUGUGUUUUCCGACCUGGUCUUCUGCCUUGUGACAGUCGCACCUUGCUUCAGGAAGGCCACUUUUCGCAGGUUCAAUGAGGACCACCUCCGCUUGUUGCUGGAUUUCAAUCCCACGGUGACGAUCUGUCAGAGGGAAGUUAUACCGCCUCCCAAGAUUCUUUACACCUUGCUUCCGCACUGUUGGUGUCUUUUCCCCAGCGAUGGAAAACACUUCAUGUAUGACUUCAUAGACAGUGACCUGCUUUUCUUCGUGGGAAGCUUGCUCGUCUCUAGGAACCUGAAUGUUGUGCCUACGGGAGCUCCGUCUCCUAGUAAGGCCACCCAUGUCUGUAACGAUUUAGGAAAAGGGUCGACUGACGCGCGGAGGUUAAGCGGUCAACGCAACCUUCUAUCUACGGGAACAAGUCGGCUUGAUACAAGCUGUAUUAUGAAACUCCCUGUCAUGCCAAGAUUCGCUGGAGCAGCUGUUAAAUAUUUCUUUCUUUCUUUCUUUCUCUCUUUCUUUUUCUUUUUCUUUCUUUCUCUCUCUUUCGUUCUUUUUCUUUCUUUCUCUUCAUCUUUCUUUCUUUCAUCCUUUCUUUGUUUCUCUAUUUCUUUCUUUUUUUCACUUUCUCUCUCUCUUUUUCUUUCUUUCUUUCUUUCUUUUUUUUUCUUUCUUUCUUUCAUCCUUUCUUUCUUUCUUUUUUUCUCUUUCUCUUUCUCUCUUUCUUUUUCUUGUCCUUUCUUUCUUUCAUCCUUUCUUUCUUUCUUUCUCUUUCUUUCUCUAUUUCUUUCUUUCUUUUUUUUUUCUUUUCUUUUUUUAUUUCUUUCUUUUCCUUUCUUUUUCUUUCUUUUCUUUCUUUCUUUCUUUUCUUUCUUUCUUUUCUUUCUCUUUUUUCUUUCUCUCUUUCUUUUUUUUUCUUUCUUUCUUUUUUCUUUCUUUCUUUCUUUCUUUCUAUCCAACUACUCAACUUCGAACAUUCCUCUUAAUAAUAAUUUUAAAAUAAUUCAUUUAUGGUAA